AUGGGAAACAAGGAGCCUAUCGCUAUCAAGAAGGAUGAGUCCAAAACGGCGAACCUUUCUGCAAAUGUUCUUCAACAUGUUGCAAGCCUAUCCCUAGAGUCAAUGGCUCCACUUGCCCCGCAUUCAGACUCCAUGUCUCAAAUACCGCCCCCUGGACAAGAUGUCACUCCUAUGAACUCAGAUGUGAGUCUGAGUAGCGAGGAGACGGAUCACUCUGGAGAUUUGCCGCCACCAUACAAGGUUUGA